GCUGCGCGUUCCGCGUUUCUCCGCCUCCAGGUUCCGGCUGCUUUGUGUUUUCCCAGGGGCCGCUGCAUUCUGUCUUCCUCUCCCGAGAAAGGAAACGCCGUGUGCAUUAUUUUUUUUUUUUCUUUUGCCCGUGAGGCUCCAGAAAAAAAUCAGAGAUCCAAAAUUCCAGUGUCAACUAAGUGGGGAGGCAGACAGACCCUCCUAUCUGCUAACAGCAACACUGACAGAGCCUGAGGUUUGGAGAAGUCUGAUGGCUUUCAGCCUGGGUUGGAAAACUUCAAGAAGCCAUUGGAGUCUCCUGCAGGCUGUGAGCAGUGGGUUCCCCCUGUUUUCCUGGAGGACAGCAGGGGGCUGUUUGGACCCUGAGAUGAAAGCCUACUUGGAGGAGAAUACUGAAGUCACCAGCAGUGGUAGCCUUACCCCUGAAAUCCAGUUACGGCUUUUGACCCCCAGGUGCAAGUUCUGGUGGGAAAGGGCUGAGCUGUGGCCCUACAGUGAUCCCUACUGGGCAAUCUACUGGCCAGGUGGCCAGGCCCUGUCUAGGUAUCUUUUGGAUAACCCUGAUGUUGUCAGAGGAAAGUCUGUCUUAGAUCUUGGGAGUGGAUGUGGGGCUACAGCAAUUGCUGCUAAGAUGAGCGGAGCAUCAAAGGUCUUGGCCAACGACAUAGACCCCAUUGCAGGAAUGGCGAUUACACUAAAUUGCAAAUUAAAUGGACUGAAUCCUUUUCCCGUUUUAACCAAAAACAUUUUGAAUACCCAACAAGGUAAGUUUGAUCUCAUUGUACUUGGAGAUAUGUUUUAUGAUGAAGAUCUUGCAGACAGUCUGCAUCUGUGGCUGGAGAACUACUUUUGGACCUACAGAACCCGAGUAUUGAUUGGUGACCCUGGGAGGCCCCAAUUCAGUGGACAUAGCAUUCGGCAUCAGCUGCACCAACUAGAAGAAUACACUCUUCCAGAGCCAACUCAGCAGGAUAAUAAUGGACUGACCACAAGCGCAGUGUGGGAUUUUCAUCCCUGAUUUGUCAGAGUACUUUCAAGUAUGAGUGUAGUUCUGUUUGUAUUAAAAUUUAAACAUUUCCUUUGUUGGAGGUAUAGUUUAAGGAAUGCAAUUCAGUGGGAUGUGGUGACUUGAGGCUUGAAUAUUACCACUUGGGAAGCUGAGGUAGGCUGACCUUUGUGAGUCUGAAGCCAGAGUGGUCUACAUAGUGAAUUAGUUCCAGGACAGCCAGAGCUACAUAGUGAGACCCUAUCUCACGGAGAA